AUCACGUAGACGGAGGCUACUUAAGAUCAGCUGCUCAGCGUUAGUGUGUGUCCAGUCGCCGUGGGAACUACAGGAGGAGCAGUGCACUCUGGGAAAUAGAUUCGACAGACGUCCAGGUGGAGAAACAUGCAGUCGAUAUUCACAAAGAAUGGAUCGGAAACUCCCGAACCGGUCAACGCUGUAGUUACAGGCUGCGUCCCGUCCUGGCUGCGGGGGACUCUGCUGAGGAACGGGCCGGGUCUGUUCUCCAUCGGAGACUCAGAGUACAACCACUGGUUUGAUGGGAUGGCCCUGCUGCACAGCUUCACCUUCACCAACGGCGAGGUGACCUACAGGAGUAAGUUCCUGAGGAGUGAGACCUACAAGAGAAACAUGAAGGCUGAAAAGAUCGUAGUGACGGAGUUUGGUACCCUGGUUUACCCUGAUCCCUGCUCCAACAUCUUCUCCAGGACUCUGACCCACCUGAGGAACCUGGUCCCAGACUUCACUGAUAACAACCUGGUGAACAUCGUGCGGUACGGAGGAGACUACUACGCCUCGUCAGAGGUCAACCACAUCAACCAGAUAGACCCGGUUACCCUGGAGACCAUCGGCAGGACCAACUACAGGAACUACAUCUCUCUGAACUUGGCGACGGCCCACCCUCACUAUGACGACGAGGGAAACACGUACAACAUGGGCACGGCCAUCAUGGGCUUCGGUCUGCCCAAAUAUAUCAUCUUCAAAGUCCCCGCGGACACUUCAGAUAACAGGAAGAAGAAGCUGGCGCUGAGGGGGGUCCAGCAGGUGGGUUCGGUCCCGUUCCGGUCCCUCCUGUCCCCGAGCUACUUCCACAGCUUCGCCAUGACCCAGAACCACUUUGUGUUCGUGGAGCAGCCGCUGAAACUGGACAUCGUCAAACUGGCCACGGCCUACGUUAGGGGGGUCACCCUGGGGAGCUGUCUACGCUUUGAUGAGGACCAGACGACCUUGUUCCACGUCAUCGACAGAACCACGGGGAAGGCCGUGUCCACCCGUUUCUACGGCGACCCCCUGGUGGUUUUCCACCACGUCAACGCGUACGAGGAGGACGGCCACGUGGUGCUGGACCUGAUCAGCUACCAGAACAGCAACCUGUACGAGAUGUUCUACAUCCACAACAUGAGGCAGGAGACCAGCAGCUUCAUCCAGGCCAACAAGCGCUUCUCGCCGCCCGUCUGCCAGCGCUUCGUGCUGCCGCUGCACGCACACACGGAGUCUCCCAGAGGCUCUAACUUGGUGACUCUGACGGACACGGCGGCGGCGGCGGUGAUGCAGGAGGACGGCUCCGUCUACUGCCGGCCUGACACGCUGUUUGAAGGGCUGGAGCUGCCGGCCAUAAACUACAACUUCAACGCUAAGAAGUACCGAUACUUCUACGGUUCUAGACUGGAGUGGUCACCUCAUCCUAACAAGAUGGCGAAGGUGGACAUCGUGAGCAGGAAACACGUGGAGUGGUUCCAGGAGAACUGCUUCCCGUCCGAGCCGGUGUUCGUGGCGUCUCCGGGGGCAACGGAGGAAGACGACGGCGUCAUCUUGUCCUCCGUCGUGUCUCCGGAUCCCAACAUCUCUCCGUUCAUGCUCGUCCUCGACGCCAAAACCUUCACGGAGAUCGCCAGAGCCUCCAUCCCCGCCAGCGUGCACAUGGACCUGCACGGACAUUUCAUCCCUGCUGCCAACGCCGUCUAACCUCCACACGCCAUCUAACAUCCAACGCCGUCUAACCUCCACACGCCAUCUAACAUCCACACACCAUCUAACAUCCAACGCCA